GACAGACUCGGACUUCCUGCCAGCACAAUGGGUAAGCUAAACAUCGCUCAUCAUAAAUCAUACCAUCCGUACAGGCUCGACAACAUUGAUCGUGUCCGUAAGGAUGAGGAAGAAGCUAGAGAUAAGGAGGCCAGGGAAGAGGACAGGCUGAUGUUGGCGGAUUCUGAGGCAAGGAUAGAGAAACUACGUGAUAGAGCUGGGUUGAAGGACGGUAAACGCAAGGAAAAGGAAGACGAUAUGGCUAUAAUAUCUGGUGGUUCAAGUUCUGCACAGUCGUCAUCGCUUCCUACCUCCAAAGGUCACAUUAAUUUGUUCGAGGACAUUGAAUUGCACGCACAGGUUACCAUGACACGGGCCUCCAAGAAGACAGAGGCGCAGCUAGAAGCAGAAAAGGGCGUACCACUUGCUCCGUCUGCAAAGGAUCUCAAGCCAUGGUAUUCUGAAAGAAGUCACGAACGCAAUAAGGAACCUGAGGAGGAAAAACAGGCCCGCGACUUGGCCUUCAAAAGUAGGAAUGACCCCCUCACGUCCAUCACCCACCAGCUAGCAUCUCGAUCUUCUACGAAUAAAUUCACUACUCGGUCUCGCCCACAGCCACGACCUAUCUUAUCCUCUUCAUCUUUCCCCGAUGACGUUAGUGCGCGCCUUUCGCGGGAGUCUUCAGAGCGUCAGCGUGCUCUUGAUCUCAUCCGGCGGAAAAAGAAGGAACUGGCAGGUAGCGAGACGCCCAGCACGGUGCAUGGGGGUAAUGACGAUCGAAAUAGCGGCUAUGGGGAUGUAUUCAAUAAAAGAGCAGUUGAAGAAGCCCAUAGAGGUCGAGAUAGAAGGUGGGGUGAAGAUGAUAGGCGACGAUAUCGGCCGAACGAAUGGCAGUGAGAUAGCGAGAGGCAAUGUCGCACAGAGCGUGGUGGUGUAUGUUGGAGGUGUAAUUUGAUUGGUAUGUAGCAUUACACGCGAUUACCUCUUUCGACUUUGUAUCUUCUAGACCAGCUUUUUCCAAGCCUGCAAUAUUACAUGAUUAUUAUAUCUCCUGGGAAAUACACUACUCUAUACCACGUUUCACCUGUCGCUCAUCCUUGCACAAUAUUAUCUCGUCGUCAGUGUCACACA